AUGAGCGCCAUUGCUUCAUACACCUAUGGUAACUUUCUCUGGUUGAGCACUCAAGCUCUUCCUCUUAUUGUCUGGCCAUCCUUUGUCGGGUCUCUUCUUCGGCCUGACAAUGAGACAUGCACCACUUUGGAAACGUACUUUGCACGCUCUUUAGGGCUUGCUCUUCUUGCGCUCAGCCUUACCGUAGUGGUUCUCUCAGGCGUUCUUCCUCUCGAUUCUUCUUCCAAAGAGGCCCCCGAAGGCGCACCGUCUCCCUACGCUUCUGCUGCGGUCCUCAUAUCCACCCUCCACCACGCUUCGAGCGCCUUUUACUGCUACGGUCGCUAUUCCUGGACUGGAGAGACGGGAUUCCUACUUGGCUGUGUAGGUAGUGCUGUCUUUGCGACCUUUGGAUUGUACUGUGUGUUGUUUGCUGGUGACACAGCCAUGACAAGCCGGUACCACAAGUUUGACCAGAGCACGAGCGGAUUCCCUUUCAAGAACUCUCAGUCGUAUCGGGCCAAGAAGAAGGCUCUAUAA